GCCCUCCCCCGGGCGGCGGUGCCCCCUGGCACCUUCGGAAUGUCCUCAGUGACUCUGUGGAGAGUUCGGAUGAUGAAUUCUUUGAUGCUAGAGAGGAGGUGGCUGAAGGAAAGAAUGCCAUCCUCAUUGGGAUGAGUCAGUGGAAUUCAAAUGACCUGGUGGAACAGAUCGAGACCAUGGGGAAACUGGGCGAGCAUCAAGGAGAAGGGACCACGCCGUGUACAUCCAGCAUCCUCCAGGAGAAGCAGCGAGAACUGUACCGGGUUUCCUUGAGAAGACAGAAGUUCCCAGCCCAGGGAAGCAUCGAGAUCCAUGACGACAGUGAGGAAGGCUGCCCGCAGCGCUCCUGCAAGACACAUGUCCUCCUGCUGGUGCUGCAUGGUGGGAACAUCCUGGACACGGGCUCAGGGGAUCCAUCCUGCAAGGUGGCUGACAUCCACACCUUCAGCUCCGUGCUGGAGAAGGUCACGCGUGCCCACUUCCCUGCUGCCCUGGGCCACAUCCUCGUCAAGUUCGUCCCUUGUCCUGCCAUCUGCUCUGAGGCUUUCUCGCUCGUCUCUAACCUGAACCCCUACAGCCAUGACGAGGGCUGCCUCAGCACCAGCCAGGACCACGUCCCUCUGGCCGCCCUGCCUCUGCUGGCCAUCUCCUCCCCGCAGUACCAGGAUGCGGUCGCCACCGUCAUUGAGCGAGCCAACCAGGUGUAUGGGGAGUUCCUCAAGUCCUCGGAUGGGAUUGGCUUCAGCGGGCAGGUGUGUCUCAUCGGGGACUGUGUGGGUGGCCUCCUGGCCUUUGACGCCAUCUGCUACAGUGCGGGACCCUCAGGGGACAGCCCGGGCAGCAGCAGCCGGAAGGGGAGCAUCAGCAGCACCCAGGAUACCCCAAUUGUGGUGGAGGAAGACUGCAGUCUGGCUGGCAGCAAGCGUCUCAGCAAAAGCAACAUUGACAUCUCCAGCGGCUUGGAGGAUGAGGAGCCCAAGAGGCCGUUGCCGCGGAAACAGAGCGACUCCUCCACCUAUGACUGCGAGGCCAUCACCCAGCACCAUGCCUUCCUCUCAAGCAUCCAUGCCAGCGUGCUGAAGGAUGAGGCCGAGCUCCCUGUGGCCAGGGCGCCCCAGCUUCCGGAGGUCAACCUGGGCCGCUUCGACUUCGAUGUGUCUGACUUCUUCCUCUUUGGCUCACCACUGGGCCUGGUCCUGGCCAUGCGGAGGACAGUGCUGCCCGGGCUGGACGGUUUCCAGGUGCGUCCUGCCUGCAGCCAGGUCUACAGCCUCUUCCACUGUGCGGACCCCUCUGCUUCACGGCUCGAGCCGCUGCUGGAUCCCAAGUUCCACCUGGUGCCUCCCGUCAGUGUGCCCCGCUACCAAAGGUUCCCACUGGGUGACGGACAGUCCCUCCUCCUUGCUGAUGCCCUGCACACCCACAGCCCCCUCUUCCUGGAGGGCAGCUCCCAGGACAGCCCACCCCUUCUGGAUGCUCCAGCCUCGCCCCCUCCAGCCCCAAGGUCCCAGCAGCCCGGAAGAAGGCUGAGCGAGGACAGCUCCCACAGUGGGAGCUCAGGGUCCUUGGACAGCCUGGCCCCCACGGGCACCUCCCGCAUCACGGCCAAGUGGUGGGGUACCAAGCGGAUCGACUAUGCCCUGUACUGCCCCGAUGUCCUCACAGCCUUCCCCACCGUGGCCCUGCCCCACCUCUUCCACGCCAGCUACUGGGAGUCCACCGACGUGGUUGCCUUCAUCCUGAGACAGGUGAUGCGCUACGAGAGUGUGAGCGUCAAGGAGAGUGCUGGCUUGGAUCCUGCGGCACUGAGUCCUGCUAAUCCCCGGGAGAAGUGGCUUCGUAAACGGACCCAGGUCAAGCUGCGGAACGUCACCGCUAACCACCGGGCCAAUGACGUGAUUGCUGCUGAAGGUGGCCCCCAGGUCCUGGUGGGGCGGUUCAUGUAUGGGCCUCUGGACAUGGUGGCUCUGACUGGAGAGAAGGUGGACAUCCUGGUGAUGGCAGAGCCAUCCUCGGGCCGCUGGGUCCACCUGGACACAGAGAUCACCAACAGCAGUGGUCGAAUCACAUACAACGUGCCGCGGCCCCGGCGUUUGGGGGUCGGUGUCUACCCUGUGAAAAUGGUUGUCAGGGGCGACCAGACCUGUGCAAUGAGCUACCUCACGGUGCUGCCCCGGGGCAUGGAGUGUGUUGUGUUCAGCAUUGAUGGGUCCUUCGCAGCCAGCGUGUCCAUCAUGGGAAGUGAUCCCAAGGUCCGGCCAGGAGCAGUGGAUGUUGUCCGGCACUGGCAGGACCUGGGCUACAUGAUCCUUUACAUCACGGGGCGCCCGGACAUGCAGAAGCAGCGGGUGGUGUCGUGGCUGUCCCAGCACAACUUCCCACAGGGCAUGAUCUUCUUCUCGGAUGGGCUGGUGCAUGACCCGCUGCGGCAGAAGGCCCUCUUCCUCCGCAACCUCAUGCAGGAGUGCUUCAUCAAAAUCAGUGCUGCCUACGGCUCCACGAAGGACAUCUCAGUCUACAGCGUGCUGGGCCUGCCUGCCUCCCAGAUCUUCAUUGUGGGCCGGCCCACCAAGAAGUAUCAAACCCAGUGCCAGUUCCUGAGCGAGGGCUACGCCGCGCACCUGGCGGCGCUGGAGGCCACCCACCGCUCGCGCCCCAAGAAGAACAACGCGCGCUUGAUCCUGCGCAAGGGCAGCUUCGGGCUGCACGCGCAGCCGGAGUUCCUGCGGAAGCGCAACCACCUGCGCAGGACCAUGUCUGUGCAGCAGCCCGACCCGCCCGCCGCCAACCCCAAGCCCGAGCGGGCCCAGAGCCAGCCCGAGUCCGACAAGGACCACGAGCGGCCGCUGCCCGCGCUCAGCUGGGCGCGUGGGCCCCCCAAGUUCGAGUCGGUGCCCUGAGGGGCGGGCUGUGCUCAGAGCGGGGGGCG